AUAGUUGCACGCUUUUACGGUCGACCCGCGGCAGUAAAGAUUGUUUUUCGGUGAUAGGCUCAGAGCCGAGAGACGCCAGCUUGGCGUGCAGACAACGAUGCCGCCGUGCUGCCUGUUUCCAACUUCUCUCUUUGCCUGAAAAAAAUACCGGAAACUGCUCAUCUUUGUUUUCGUAUGAAGAGUCAGCAAAGAAAGGCAUUGCGCCUGGGGUACGCAGAGGAGACCCCGCGCCAGCUUCCGGGGGAUUCCCGUCGCUCGGAUAAGACGUACCGGUGCCGGAGAGCGCGGCUGCCGCACACUUUUACGUCUCGAGUGACGGAAACUGCGAAGCCCGCAUUCUCUUCCGGACACGGGAUAGACAGUUCGCAGGUGUCUCAUUCGUGUGCGCUUUGCCACGGAACUAACAGAGAGCUUUUCGCAAAAGCGCAUCGCCUACAUUAAAACGAAGAGUCCGGGAAGUUGUGACCGUCACCGAGGGCAGCAUGGCACGCGCACUAUUUGCACUCUUGGGUCUGUCUCUUCUCGCUUUUCCCUCUUACUACACGUCAGUAUCUGUCUUCGGUUUUCCUCGGCGUUCAUGCUGUUUCUACUCUUUUCCUGCUGUCCUCAACCCCUCUGUGUUCGCUUCUGUCCACUUCAACACCCCUCUUGCUUGAACACCAGUCACGUCUGUCUCCUAUCGCUUGCUACUCCUCUUCUGCUACGAGCUUUCUCAUGCUGUCCUAUCGUUGCCGCUGUUUGUCCUCCAGCUUCUCGACUCUGACUCUCAUCACGAUUGAUCAAAUUUCUCCGUCGUCCUCGUCACCUGGAAUCGCUCAAACCCUUCCCCCCACCUAAACCAAGGGCGCCCGUCCACCCCAUGUCGAGGCCUCUUUACCCCCAUGGGGGACGGCGUCCUGAAGGUCCAGCGCUGCACCAGUUCGCAGGGCAGGUGCCGGGCUCUCGCGUCUCUGGGGAUGUGCGGCUUCUCGUCCCGUCUGCAAACGAAGGAGUGUACGCUCCCCUGCACUUUGUGCAGGUUCCUCCUGGCCACUUGUCUCCGCCCCCCGCUGGCGGCCUCUCUCCAGAAAGUGUCGGCUUCCUCGCUUCUCACGCAGGGGUCUACGGACACCCGCACCCAAGUGAGGCGCGUGCAGGUUCCCGUCUCCACGACGCGCAGGCCAGAAGGCACCUCGGACGAGAAAACUGUCACUUCCCAGAACUGAGUCUCUGUGCAGGCGACCAAGAGCGACUUGUGUCUCCCCACGGCUCAGCCCGGCCUCCGACCCAUCCCGCGUCUCUCUACUUCCCUCCAAACCACCUGCCGUUUCGUGCGUGCACCUCCCCCAGGUGGGAGGGACACCUCAGCAAGUCUCCGACCUCUGGCUCGGCUUUUUCGCACCCUCACUCUGCUGAAAAGCACGAACGGAGUGAGCCUUUGGCCUCGAAGCAGUGGCCCCCGCGAUCGCUCGCCCGAGGCUCUGAACGGCUGGAGAGAGGCGAGUGCGUCGAUCGAGAAGAGCGGCAGUCUCCGAGUCGAAACUUCUCGGGCUCUUCGAACUUCCGGUCCUCUCAGGCCCAGACCGCUGGGAGGGAACAGAGUGGCCACAGAACGGACUCUUCGCAGGAGCGCGACCACACGAGACGCGGUGCCAGCCACAGUGAGAACCAACGGUCGAGAGGCUGCCCUGAAAAGCUACAUGGCCGGGAGGGCGGAGACGCUUCUCUCUCGCGAGAACCACCGGACGAUGCUCGGAGUCGCGCGCAAACCAGGGGCACGGUGUAUGGGGAGGGGGAUGCUUUUCACGGACGAGAAAAGGGCGACAGGCAGCGGCCACCUGCAGUGUCCUCUGGGAGGCAAAAUGCGCUGAGGGGUCAACCCCCGCACGUCGUUUCUGCAGCUGCCGCGCCUCCGCAUGGUCCUCCACACACUCUUUAUCGUGCUCCGGCGGCUGUACAUUUGCCCGGAUCCCAUCUGUCGGCGGGUCUCCCAUCUUCCCCGCCUGCGUCGUUGCACACUGAGUCGACGCCUCACCCGUCCCUCACUUACGGUGUACAUACAGCCGACCCCGGGGCAGCUGCGUCUGCGGCGCUCCCAGCGGCGUUCGCGGCGUCUGCGGCUCCUCGCCCGCAGUCUUCGGGCUUCCCACCCGGAUCCGGUGCAGCUGUUGAGGAAAGAGAGAGAAUGAGGAAGGAAAGGCAGUCUCGACAGCAAGGUCGAAGCGGAGACGUCUCGGGUGCUAACAAGCGAGAGAGAGAGUCGAGCUGCAGUUUGCCUUCGCAGCAGAGCACACAGGAAGAAACUGCAUGCAGAGCGUCCAGGAUAUACCCACAAGUGUCGCCCUUUUUUUCAGGCGCAGAGGGAGGACAGUCUCGGAUUCCAGCGUCUAGCGCGGAGCCUUCACAUUCUCUCUCGCGAGUUGCUUCGGGGGAUCGGGAGAGUCGGUCGCGGUCAGAAAGUCAGCGAAGACGGAUGCAAGAGGAAAGCGGGAAGCACCGACCGUAUAGGUUCCAGGAGGCCCGACGGGGAGAAGGCAUCGAGAGAGCGGCUGUAGGGGAACAAGGGAGAGAGGAGCAGCCGCGAGGCGCUCCGUAUGGUGCGCAUGCAUCGCUGCACGUCUUCUGGCAGUCUCGUGACAAGGACGCCUGCGCCUCGAGUCGUUCCGACGUUCGUCACGACCCCGAUGGCUUCGCAGGGUCCAGUGCUGCGCGGAGAGAAGGCAAAGAUGUCUCUUCUUCAGGUGUCUUUCCUUCGUCUGUUUCUGGCGCUCUGGAGGGGCACUCAGCUGCCUCCGCGUCUCCAGCUCCUCUAGCGAGUUCCUGCCCUGUCAAGAAACUGCGAACAGCCGUCUGCUACCCUUUACCGCUGCCCUCCCCCCUGGACUACCUACACGCGGCAGCCGACGGCGUCUCCCCUCCCCAGGUGUCUUUUCACGCGAGCACUGCUUCAGCUUCUGCACUCACGCCGCUCCGAAGUCUGCGGCCUGAACAGCGUCAGCUGUCUUUGACCUUCAUGCUUCUGCGGCCUCUCCCGGACCCGCUGUCGCGCACCCUCGAACAGCACAGGCUGCACUACAUGGUGGCCGACGCCUCGGCGUCAGUCGUCUUGGUGCUGCCUCUGCCGUUUCUGCGCCGCAGGGCGACAGGAGAGAAGGGAGGCGAAGCGGAACGGAGCGGCGAGGAAGCAAGGAAUUCCGACCGGACAGCCGGCGGCAUCUCUGGAGACGAAGAAGAAAAGGAACGUCUGAUUCGCGAGGUCAAGGGAGUGCUUCAACCCGGAGACGUCAUCCACAUGACGGGAGCGGUCACGAGCUGGUCCGCAAAAGGCGAGAUGGUGAUUACUGUUCCACUGCGUAAAGGGCCUCGCGAUGUUUGGCAAGGACGCCAAGAGGGAAAUGAACACAGUUACGACAGUGAAGGGUCUCUUGAGGUUCUAGGACGAUUUUCCUUCCCUUUCGUGACAGAGCCUGAUAUGAGCUGCAUGUUCACGGCAGUUGCUCCUGAGAAAGGGGAGCGAGGUUGGUCACGGGGAGGUGGCCAAGUGGCUUCAGAAUUUGCUGCUUUUGUCCUCAAGGGGGAGGAGAAAGAAACACUUAGCCGAGAAAUUGGUCUGGCAGCGUCUGGCGCGUCUAUUCCGUGCGAAGACCUCGGUUUUCCAGUUGCAGAUCCGUUAGCCUGUCUCGGUCCGCCUCCGCCAUUCUUUGUACUUCUCUCUCCCUAAUGAAGAAGAUACAUGAUCAUGGGGAACCGUAUUCUGUAGAUAUUACUUUUUUCAUGGUGAAAUUUCGUUCACAAAACGGCAUUAGUUCUUGUUGACUCAUCUGCGCUUGUCUAUCACGUUAUCAGACGAGUUAAGCGAGGCGCAUCAAGAAAGGUAACCGUCUUGCUACAGACUGUUGUUUCGUCACGCUUUGUUUUUUCUGUCGAAGUCUUGAACUUUUUGGUGAGGAGGUGCUUCUCUGAAGUGCAGAUGAGAGGAUGUUUUGCCGGCCGACGGUGAGGUAAUUUGGUAGCCCCGAAAAUCCAUCGUUUGCUGUAUUGCACGUAACGACUCCUAGAGUGAUAGUGCGGCUGUGGCUUGGUAAGCCGUGGUCAAAGAUCACGUUACGCG